AUGCAUCACAACAGGACCAGCCGGACCAGCAGUCGCAACAGCAGCACCAGCAGGGUCGAACAUGAACAAUGGCUUCAGCGACGGAAUAGCCUGUCGUCUCAAAAGGCCAUCUAUCCGCACAAAUACCAGCAUCUGGAUCCCCGGAUGUCCCUCGAUCCUCGUCUCCGCUACGGCUGGGUGAACGGCCCUGCUUAUCCUUACCCUUACCCUUAUUCUUCGACGUUCACCUCUCAAGCUCACCAUCAUCCUCAUUAUCCCUCUGGCUUCUUCAGCACGACACCGAUUGCGCACAGCGGUGCUAGCAGUCGAUAUUCGAGGACCUUGCGAUCCGUGUCUGAAGGAGUAUCGCUCGAUUUGAGAGGCAAUGAGCGUGAGCAUGACCGCGGGUCUGGAGGAGGGUUCGGGUUCGGGGUCGGGUUCGGACUGGGGUCGGGCUUCAACCCUGGCUUCAACCCUGGCUUCAACCCUGGCUUCAACCCUGGCUUCAAGCUGGACUUGAAUCUGUCUUCGCCUGGGUCGAGUUUCAAUUCGUCGCGGUCGUCGAGUUCGUUGGCGAGGUCGUCUUCAACACUUCCCUCGUCUAUUUCGUCGAGUCACGGUCAUGGUCAUGGGAACGCGGAUCUCAAAGCAUCUGCGCACGCGAAGACAAAUACAAAAACAACUACAACUACAAAUCCAGCAGCGGUGCCUGUGACUACAAAGCCCCAACCCGCCUCGUCGUUGACAACUGGAGACGAGCUACCACCUCUCCCACCGGUCCCUGCGCCAACUUGGUCUCCAGCUCUCCAUCAUGCUCCGUUGAGUUCGGAUCCGACUAUUCGCGCCCUGAGUACCGGCGUUGGUGCUGGUAUUGAUACGGCAAGAAACGCCGUGUCGACUUCGCUUCCCGGUUUGGAGUCAGCAACUGUCUCGCAAUCGCAAUCUGCACCUGGCUCUCAGUCCCAUCGUCGAUUUCACUCACAGUCACAGUCACAAUCACAAUCUCGAAGCAGACCAACAGGGAACCAUCUAGGAGUACUGUCGUCGUCGUCGAAACGGGAUGUCGAGGCGGAAGCAGGACCACCACGACCACUGGGACCAGUAUCAGUUUCAAUGCUUCCACCUCCUCCAUCGACUCUACCACCUCCGCCUCCACCUUCUCUUCCUCUUCCUCCUACUAGGGUCCUGGGUUCGAAAUUACCUUUUUCUCGAGCAGGGCCGCCAAACAUCCCACCUAGAGCAGCUGGUCGCCGGGCGGUCAGGAGUCGCAAUAAAUCUCCGAUAUCGACAUCGACGUCGACGUCGAGCGGCACACACAGUCCUGGUCCGGGUCAAAGUUCACAUCAGGGCUCAGUGGGCCCCAUGACUCCCAUCAGUCCGCCCACAGCAGCGGCAGCAUCAUGGUCUUCACCGUCAAGAGAUAAUCUGCGUCGCCCGUCUCCUAGACGGUAUCGUCAUCAUCAGCAUCAGAGACAGGCUUGGAGUGGUGGCCACAACCACAUGCACAACCACAACCAGAGUCGGACGAUGACUACAGGAAAUUGA